CGGCAUGGCAUGCACAGAGGAGAAAGCAGUGAAGCAGGUGCAUCCGUGUUUGCCGUAAAGAACAAGAUGGAGGUCAAAGAAGUUGUGUGCUCACAUUGUGGGAAAACAGGACAUGAUAUUGAGGCGUGCUACAAGCUGAUUGGGUACCCAGAAGGAUGGGUGUACCGCGAUCAGGCCGGAAGAGGAAGAGGAAACGGCCGGGGAAGAGGUCGUGGUGCUGCACGAGGCGGCGGACGGUCGACCGUGGCGGCUGGACGGUCGACCGUUACGGGCGGACGAGGUGAAGUCCACGCAGUCCAAGGAGAAGAGAAAGGACCAUCCCCGCUCCCGAAUUUUGAGGAUCUGACACCCGAACAGUGGAACGCUGUUCGACAUGCACUCUCGCUCUCCCCUACAGACAACACACCGAAACUCUCAGGUGAAACAUUAAAUGGAGAUGGAUCGAGUAGCUCUACUCCAAUUGAUCACUUUGAUGAUGAUGAAGAGGUGCCUGCGGAAGAGGAGCUAGACCGUUCCAUGAGGAACGGUCGACCGGAAGAGGGCGGCAAUGCGGAUGAGCUACAGGCGGUCGAUCCGGUGGACCGUUUUGAUGUCCACGGUCGACCAGCCUCGGGGCAGAAAGACGGAUCCCAGGGAGAUCACACAACGGUCGAUGCGAUGGACCGCUCUUACACCCACGGUCGACCGUUCGAAGGGAAGAAAGUCGGACCCCAGGGGGAUGACGAAACGGUCGACCGCGACGCGGAGAACGGUGGACCGUCUCCAAGGCAGAAUGGAGGCACUCAGGACCCGACACAGACGGUCGACCCCGUGACCGUUCCACGGAUGGCGGUCGACCGUCCACAUUCCAGCAAGCACCAGAGAACUUGGGGCGUGGUCAAAGGGAAAGGCGUCCAAAUGUGAGGCUUGCGGACUAUGUUACACAUGUCGCCGGUCCGCUUAUUGACGGAAAGUGCAGAUAUCCAUUCUCCUCAUAUGUUACCUAUGAGAAGUUUUCUGAAAAACAUAAGUGCUUUCUCACGGCACUUGACAAAGACAUAGAGCCUAGAAACUUCAAGCAGG